AUGUACGUAGCAAUGUUUGGCACAGUUGCCCGAUUUUGGCUUAGUUUUAGAAGAAAGAAGACCGAGCAGCAGCCGAUCAAGGAUUCAGAAGAAAGAAGACCGAGCAGCAGCCGAUCAAGGAUUCAGAAGAAAGAAGACCGAGCAGCAGCCGACCAAGGAUUCAGAAGAAAGAAGACCGAGCAGCAGCCGACCAAGGAUUCAGAAGAAAGAAGACCGAGCAGCAGCCGAUCAAGGAUUCAGAAGAAAGAAGACCGAGCAGCAGCCGAUCAAAGAUUCAGAAGAAAGAAGACCGAGCAGCAGCCGAUCAAAGAUUCAGAAGAAAGAAGACCGAGCAGCAGCCGAUCAAAGAUUCAGAAGAAAGAAGACCGAGCAGCAGCCGAUCAAGCCUUGGCACCCACGCAGAGAACCACCAUCCAGGACGUCAGCAAGGAUCAAUACGACCAGCUGAGUAAGGAUGUGCAAAUGUUCGUGUCCGACGAAGAGGUUGGUCACACUUUCGCCUAUUGGUACAAGAGGUACGGACCGGUCAUCAGGAAAUAUCGCAAAUAUGCUGAUGACAUACUACCGAAACAACCGCACGAGAUCGAUUUCGAGACGACGGUCGCGAAUCUGGAGAAGCUUUUCGCGUCAAGGAAGACGCUGAUUCGACGACGGUACGAGUGUCUCAGGAUAAACUGCCCGCCGCUGACGGCCAGUUGUGUACCAUUCCACUACUACGCUAACAUGAUCAAGCGGAUGGACGAAGACGCUCGAUUGAAGGAGCUGGACUACACAGCACUGAAGACGCUACAGUUCGUAGCAGGACUUCAGGAUCCGUCGCUUCGUGAAGUUCGUCUGAGAAUGCUCCGUCGACUGGAUAUGCACACAGAAGAUGCGCCGUUGACGAUAGAAGACCUCGUUGCUGAUUGUGAGAACUUCACCGCAUUGAAGAUGGACAACACAGACAUGGAAGGAAGUCAUGAUGUCCACGUCGUGCAGAGAAAGAAUGUGAAGUGCUUCAAUUGUGGAGGACCGCACUACAGAAGCACAUGCCCGCUUCUCUCCUCCAACACUGGGCAGAAGAUGCGACAGAAACCAAGAAGACGAUCCAACCGUCGCAGGAAAAGCCAGUGUAAGAACGUUGUCACCUUCGCCGCCGAGAACGCUCGUACCUACCUCGAUGUCAAUAUCAGGGGACGUUCUCUACGCUUCCAGCUCGACACAGGCGCAGAUAUCACGUUGGUAUCAUGUUGA